AUGCAAAAGAAUGAAACUCUGAGUCCCGUUCAUGAACUUUGCAGUACACAAAGGAAAUAUUCUCUACAAAGAAAGCUAUUCAAUAGAUCCAUACACUUUCGUGAUAAUGUAAAGAAAAAUCCAUCAUCUUACUAUGCCUCAGAGGCUUUCAUGCUCAAAGAAGUAAUUUCCGAAUCCAUGCUUCAACAAGCUAAACUAUUUUCAUUUGAAUAUCAAUAUCAUAUUACUGAUAAGGAUAAUAUUCACUAUGCAGAGAAAUUGUACAGUAACAACUUUCAAACGGUUAUGAACGACGACGGUGAUUGUUUUGCUAAUAUGAAGCUAGAUACAUCAAAAACAGGAAAGAAAUCAGCACGUAGCGAAGAUAGAAAAAUGGACAAGAUCGUUAGCGUAAUUUCUAUUGCAAAUCCUUUAAAUAUUUAUCUAAAUCAAAUACUAGCAUUGACGAGAUCCAACUACUUGUAUCAUUUUCAUUCGGACAAUGGACAAUUAAUAUAUGAGCAGAAAAUUCCUCUGAUUCUCUUUAUAGGAAAUUCUUCACAAAGUGAUGUCUCAUCGACACAUGUUACUUGCAUUCGGAACAAUGUUCACUUUGAGACAAUAUAUUUUGUUUCAAACUUGAAAAAUAGAAGUGCAAUGCAAGUGACCAUUCUUGAAUUCACAAACAAGAGUUAUUCACUGGGUUUGAAAGCAAGAUUUCUUCUCAAAAAGUCAGUGUUUGGGAAAAAACUCUCAACAGUCUCGCUUCACUCAAAUUUGCUAUUUCUUGGUUACGGAAAUGAUGAAGUGAAAAUAUUUAAUUUAGAUGAACUCAUUCAAAACUUUUCUGUGCUCGUACCCAAUGGAUCUCUGUUAGACGGAUAUUAUGGACUUAAAACCCCAUUACCCAUCACACUAGACAUUGAUCCAACUGCCCAUCCAUUGAUUUUAGCAUCAAAUAUUAGUUGUUCUGUUCCAAAAUCAGUGAAAUGCCCAGUAUUUGCUGGAAUGAAAGCUGAGGCAAAAGAAGGAAAUGGACUUGUAGAGCUUUCGACGAAUGGUUUUUGCAAACUAAUUGCAAAAUCAGAAUACAUUUACCAUGAUGUGUCUGUACCUAAUUGUCUAACCACUUUAAGAAAACAUCCUAACUCUGGAAGGCUAGAAUUCGAGCUUUGGAAAUUGAAACCCACAGGAAAUAGCUUGCCCUUGCAUAAUUUUAAUCGUUAUUGUUUGGAUAAAAUCAUUGAUGAGCACCAAUACUUGAUAUUUAAAGAUACCACCCCACAAGAAUCCACCCUUUCCUUUACACCUCUCUCACCUUGUAUUAUUGUAGAUAGGCACGAACGAAUACUGUUAAAUCAUCCUCACUUCAUUAGAUGUAUUUCUAUUGAUCGAGUGACAAACGGCCUCUCUCUCGAUUACGAAAUAACCGUUGACUCUCUUAAAGAAAUGACUCAGCAAUACAAGUUGACAACUGCAAGAAGCCGAUCUAAGGCUCGUCAAGCAAAGAAAAACGUCACCUACUACGCGUACGACGUGUUAAGUGUUGAUUAUGAUUCCGAGACGGAUUUAAUUGUAGCUUUAUUGUCCAAUGGAGAUAUAUUUGUGAUAGAAAAUUCGCGAGGGUCUGUCGUCACACAUUUCAAUCUGUGUGACGUUCUCCCGAAAAGAGUCUUGCGGGAAGUGUGGUAUCAAACUCCAUCGUACGAGAUCACCAUAAUGCUUGCCUAUGACAAGAUCAUGCUUGAAUAUCAAAUGGAGGAAAGAAAAGUGGUUUGCCUAUGCCUAAGUUUGAAAUAUCAACACUAG